AGAAGAAUAAAAAACACACGAAAACAAGCGUUUCAGCCGUGGUUUCCCGAAACCAUGUUCUUUGUCCGGCGCUCAUCCUUAUCUACAUCAACGUGAGAAUCUGCAAGGUCCGGAGCAUCGGCCGGACACUGACAGACUCCACUAGAAAUAGAAAAAGCCCAAGGCGCGCGUCUACUAGAAAUAGGCAGCUACCCUGCUAUCAUUUCGCUGCGCCGAUCGAUCCACGCAGAGGACACGAGGGAGAAGCAUCGGCAACGUGUCAACGACGUCGCGUUCUUGGGGAGCAGGAAGACGGUGGUGUGUUCUUGGGAAGCAAGAAGAGGAUGGCUACAAAAAGAGCCGUGGCGAUGGUUCACCAGCCAGCAUGGGCGGCGGUGGCGGAGGCCGCGGCGAUGAGGAUGGAGGGCGCGAGCGGCGGCCGCGUGCUGCGCUACUUCGGCGGCAAUGCCACCGGCAGGGUGCUUAGCGAGGAGGAGCGCGCCGCCGAGAACGUCUACAUACAGAAGAUGGAGAGGGAGAAGCUGGAGAAGCUGAGGAGGAAGGCGGACAAGGACAAGGCCGAGGCGGCAAAGAGAGCCGCCGCAGCUAAAGGCGACAAGAAAGGUGAGGAGGCUCAUCCAAGCUGAUGGUUGCCCAAUCAAACGCUCCGGUGAUGGUGUGGAUACAACUGAUAUGUACAUACAAAUAGUCUUUUCUUUUCCUUUUCUCAUCUGCUUUCUGUACACUGGGGAGGUGUGUAACAUUACUAUUGUGAACUUCGGUUGUAGCGAUGUUGUCUUAUUGUAAAUGGAGGCUUCCUCGAGCCUAUUAUGUACGUAGUUUGUCCAUAAUGAAUAAAUCUAACGGUGCUAAGUA